CUGCUGAUCGAGUCGCUUAUUCACUCGUUGCUUCUGCUUUGGUUAAACUUAGUAGGGCCGCUAGAACAUUCCUCCGGUACCAUGCAAGCUGCCCUAAAGCUCUUCAGGAGUAAUACAGCUGAACGACCACUACUUUAUUGUGUCAACAUUGUCUAUAACCCGCUGUCCAUUGGCAACUUUGGGUGCCAGUAUCGCUGUGCGUCGGUGGCCCUCACACCGCAUGGCGAACCGCUCAAGCCAGUUGAGCGCAAAAUUGUCGCGGGCGUGACGCGGAUGAUUCUGGAGGCCUACCGCGAAUCCCUGAACCCUAAUCCCAAGCCUAAGCCCAAACAAAAGCCUAAGCUCAGGCCGCCAAAGAAGUACCCUGUUGGGCAGGAAACCGUCGAUGAGAGCCGGGGCUUCUGCUUCCCGAUGGGCACCCUGGGAAACGUGGAUGGAGUGCGGCACUGCACUACCCAUUUCGGCAAACUGUUGGAUAAGAGCGGCCUGUUCGUGUACAAGAAGGGUAUCCCGAACCCGAUGGUCUCGCUUCGGAGCAUGGCCGACGUCGUUGCGCAGGGGGAGCCCUGGACAUACCUGCCGGCGGAUCUGUACACCCUGCAGCCGCCACAUGCCUACCAGCUGCUGGUUGAGGGGCCCAAAAUGAAGAAGAAAAAGAAGGAGCCAGCAGCUGUCACCGCAACCCCGGACAUCCAGAAGCCAGCAGCUGUCACCGCAACCCCGGACAUCCAGAAGCCAGCAGCUGUCACCGCAACCCCGGACAUCCAGAAGCCAGCAGCUGUCACCGCAAUCCCGGACAUCCAGAAGCCAGCAGCUGUCACCGCAACCCCGGACAUCCAGAAGCCAGCAGCUGUCACCGCAACCCCGGACAUCCAGAAGCCAGCAGCUGUCACCGCAACCCCGGACAUCCAGAAGCCACCGUCGUCGUCUCAGGAUUCACCGGAGCCCCAGAGCUCCCCUCCACGGAACCCCGCUUCUUCUAUUUCCUCUUCUUCGCCGGCGGAAGCUCCGGAGCCUGCCAAGUAGCCCCGUGUUCGUGCUUCAUGCUGCCAGACGUGCAGCAUCAAACCGGGUGUUGCAGCGGAAGGGGUGUUGCAGCGGAAGGUGUUACACGGCACACGGCACGCUAUCCAGCGGCUGUCCGACUCCGUGGUCGACUGCUUUACAACUGAAUUGACCAACAAAUGCGUCCUUGAGGGAGACUCGAACUCGUCAGCAUCAUCAUCUCGGCGUGCGCUGGGAUGGCAGCGCUUUGCGGGAUGCAGGGGGCCGUCUGUUCUCGGUCUCCUUGCCGGGGGGCCAGUCACGUACGGCUGGCUGGCAGGUAGCAGCGGCUGCCACCCGGACGUCCGACAUCCCAGAACCGCACGGUUGCUCGCCCCGUACGAGCUAACCAUCACCCUUGGGCGCUUGGUAGGGGCGCUUCGGACUUGGCAGCGGAGCCUGGAUGGGCGCAUGGAUGAGUACGUACUUCGAAGCCGUACACCGUACUUGUGGCAAAGCUUCUUGCACCAUUCCAUCCUUGGCUAUAACGUUGUAUGAUCCGGAGCGAAGCUGUCCCAGCCGCGUUCGCUGUUUGGGGCAGCACCGAUUGCAGGGCGUUUGGGAAGCAGGGCUGCUCUGCGGCGAUGAGUUAGUCUUGCGUGAGCGGAUGGUGGCAUUCAGCUUGCAUAGAGCGGGCAUAAGCAGAGGGAACUAGCAUACAAAGGUAGUAGAUGUUAGGUACAGCAGGGUAGGUUAGGUUUGAGGCAACGGAUGCACCGGUGCUAUCUGCACGAGUGCGGCUGGUUGCAGCCAUGUAGCGUUGCAGCUACAUAUGUCGUUACAGCUUUACCUCUUUCAAUGUGAACGUUGCAUCCAUAGCGUUGCAGCCAAAGUGCCUAUAGUCAUUUUAGUCAUGCACGUUCUGUUUUCUGCUGCGUGUGUUGCAUAAGCGAAUGAUUACGGGCAUGCAUUUAGAACUGCAGUUACCGGUAGUUGCAAGCCCGGGGGGGGGGCAAAGCGCCCUGGCCUCUAGGGAUGUCCCCGUCUUGCCCUGACGCUGAAGAGACGUGUAGCUGCUAGCUAGGCUGAGGCGUGUAGCAGGUUUGUUACUCUCGGGAGUAUACCAAUGGCUAACCCAGCCCUUUUCAUGUAUCAUGUGUUGUGAUCAUUGGCGGUUCAAGUGGCGAGGGGUACCUAUGUGGGAGGCUGUAGCGGGUGCGUGAGGAGACGAGGACGGAGUCGUGGAUUAUAAAGCUCGGAACAGGAGGGGUGCGGAAGUAUAGUUCUGUACCUCAUGCCCCUCCCGGGCCCGAGACACCCCGGGGGUAAUAGAACUCAUCGAAAUGUGCCCCUUGGAACUAUUUUUUGGGCCC